UUCAAAACCUGAGCAGAAGAAAAAUGUCAGGGUUGUUUGGAAGCACCGAAUUACAAGAUCCUGAAUAAGCUGCUUCAUCAGACAGACAGCUAGAAAAUCCUAUUUGCAAAAUAGCUCCCACCAGCUUCUUUUAUGUCCGAAGUGAGACUCAGUUUUUGGCUAGAAAAUACACUCCUGUCAGCGGUAAGGAAGAGGAAUGGUGUCUCUCCCCCUUUUCAGAAACACCAUUCCCUGGAUGAAUGGACAACAGGAGCUCAAUCUCACAGGCGCAGGACUGACCCGAGUACAGUCACCGUCUCUCUCCCAACCCUGAGGGACAAUCCCUUUGUGGCACCUGGGGAAGAGAGUAUCCAGACAGCUGGUCGGAGUCUGGCAGCGCGGGCAGCAGUGCGGCGGCCACGGCUCCCGGCGCGAAGGUGUGUAAGGUAGGCUGGGUGAAGCGCCCAGGAGCGGAGGGGAGAGCGCUGCACCCUCGCUAAGUCUCGCCGCGCUGGGCGCGUAUCUGGGGUCCCCAGAAGCCAGCAGAGAGAGACUUGCGACCGGGGCUGAGCAGGAAGUGGGCAGAGCCCCUUCCCCCGCUGCCGUUACCUGCAGCAGCCGAAGCGCAGCCGCUGGUUCUUGCUGGAUCCACAAGUCGGCUACCGACUGGACAGCAGCUACUGCCUCCACUGCCUGCACCUGCCGCUCAGCGGAUCCCUCUUUGCAGAGGGCACCCCACCCCGGGAAUCCCAACGCGAGGAGCCAUCCGUGGCCAUGGCGGGGGCUUCUCGGCACCCGACUGGGACGCCUCGGCAGCUCCUUGUGGCGCUCGCCUGCCUGCUCUUGAGUCGCCCCGCGCUGCAGGGACGGGCAUCCUCGCUUGGGACCGAGCCCGACCCGGCGCUUUACCUGCCCGCCCGGGGUGCACUUGACGGCACUCGCCCCGACGGCCCCAGCGUGCUGAUUGCCAACCCUGGACUCCGGGUGCCCCUGGGUCGUUCCCUUUGGCUCGACCCGCUCCGGGAUCUGGUGAUUGGAGUGCAGCCGGGGGACCGGUGCGAAGUCACGGUACUGGACGCCCUGCCGCGGCUCAAGGGCGCGCUCUCCCCGCGCCGCUUCCCCUGCACCUUCGGGCCCCGCCAAGUCCAGUACACUCACUUCGGCUCCCACAGCCCCAGACGCGCCCGGGUGCUGCUGCAGCUGCGCUACGACGCCCCGACUCACACGCUGGUGCUGCCCUUCACGCUGGCGGUGGACUUGGUCUUCUCCCAGCUGGAGCUGGUGACGCGCAACAGGCCUUUGGUAGUGGAGAAGCUGCGGAGCUGGAGCCGCGCCUUAGACAGGAGAGUGCUGGACUUCGCCUCCCUAAAGUCUGGAGCCACGGCCGCCCGCAGGUGCCGGCUCACCCCACUUCCUCACGAGGACGGCCCCCUGCCCAAGUACGGGCGCUUGGUGGACGCGGUGGGGGCCCCUCUCCCCAGGGGCAAGGGCGUAGACUGUGAGGCUUUCCUCCGUGCUGGGGUGCGCUAUCAGCACACCGCCACCUCCUCGCCCAACCGUGACUACGUGCCCAUGAUGGUGGAGCUGCUGGGGCCUGAGGGCCAAGACGCUGGGUCCGCGGGUGUGCUGGUCCGCGAGCACUUCCAGCUGCUCGUGAGGAUCCGCGGCGGAACCGAGAACACACCGCCCAGGCCCAGCUUCAUGGCCACGAUGAUGAUGGAGGUGGAUCCAUUGGUGCUGACAGCCCUGACGCCUGACGCACUGGCCGCGGAGGACGUCGAGUCAGACCCUGGUGACCUGGUGUUCAACAUUCUGAACGCCCCCACUCACCCACCAGGGCACCCGGGGCAACAGGGCUACGUGGUCAGCACCGACGACCCUCUAGGGCUUCCAGUCUCCUUCUUCACCCAGCAGGAGCUGAGGGAGCUGAAGAUUGCCUAUCAGCCCCCUGCAGAGAACUCCCAUGGGGAGCGCCUCUUUCAGCUGGAGCUGGAGGUGGUGGACGGAGACGGCGCCGCCUCAGACCCCUUUGCCUUCAUGGUGACAGUGAAAUCCAUGAAUACUCUGGUCCCAGUGGCUAGCCAUAACAGGGGACUUGUGCUUUUUGAAGGUCAGUCAAGGCCCUUGUCCAGCACCCACAGCGUUCCUAUCAGUGAUAAAGAUAACCUGGAAGAGGUGAAAAUGGCUGCAGUCAGGGGCUUGAGACAUGGGCAGCUGGUGGUGUUUGGGGCACCUGCUGGGUGCAAGUAUUUCACACCAGCGGACCUGGCAGCAGGGCGAGUGGUGUAUCAGCAUGAUGGCAGCAACACCUACAGUGACAACAUCAUCUUCCGGAUGGAGGACGGGCACCACCAAGUGGAAUUCCUCUUUCCCCUCACCAUCCUACCUGUGGAUGAUGAACCACCAAUGGUCAAUACUAACACAGGACUCUCACUCACUGAAGGGCAGGUGGUCCAGAUCUCUCCCUUUGUACUGAGUGCUACUGAUAUUGACUCUGAGGACUCAACCAUCCACUUUGUGCUGGAGAACCAGCCCCCAAAAGGAAACGAGGAAGAGCCUCAGUGGGAGUUGGCCCCUGGUUCCUCCCACUCAGGCCACUACCUGGGGGACCUGUUGCUGCAGCAGGCUGAACUACCUCUCUCCACUGAAGAUGAAGACUGGCACUACAUGGAAAAGGAAGGGCUUUAUGAGAAAGUGGUGACUGAGUGGCUACAGAGAGACAUAAUGGAAGGGAGACUCUUCUACCGCCAUCUUGGACCACACAGCCCUCAAUCUGUAAUGGUCCAGCUGGCUUUCCAUGUGCAGGAUGACCAUGACCCACCCAAUCUCUCCAAACAGCACAUUUUCACCAUCAAGGUCCAACCAGUGGAUAUACUGAGUCCACAGCUGUAUCCAGGAACUACACUAGAAAUGACUGUACAAGAAUACCAACUCACUCACUUCCAGAAGAAUUUCCUCCGAUACAUUGACCAGGACUCUGAUGACCAGAACCUAUGGUACACCCUACUGACACUCCCGACUGACACAGAUGGCAACCACCAAGUCCGGGCUGGAGAAAUUGUGCUCACUGAUUCACCAGACACACUCAUCAUGCACUUCACCCAAGCCCAGGUAAAUCAGCAUAAAGUUGCCUACCAGCCUCCACAGAAAUUGGGUAUUGCACCACGGGUUGUGCAGUUUACUUACCAGGUGGAAGAUGCUGCAGGCAAUAGUGUGCCAGGCACAUUCACAUUAUUCCUGCAACCUGUGGACAACCAGCCCCCAGAAGUCACCAACAGAGGCUUUACUAUCUUAGAGGGAGGCAGCUUUAACCUCAGCAGUAAUGAGCUGCAUGUUACAGACCCAGACACAGACAUUGACCAAAUUGUCUUCAUAUUAGUCCGGGGUCCCCAACAUGGACACUUGCAGUACUUUAAAAAAUGUAUGGUCCCAGGGGAAUCUUUCAUGCAAGCUGAUGUUAUUAACGGGAGUGUCUCUUACCAGCAUGGCAGAGACCAGACGACUACCAGUGACACUUUCCAUCUGGAAGUAAGUGAUGGGGUGCACCAUAUACCCAUCACCAUCCCAAUUUCUGUGCAUCCCAAUGUGGCUAACAGAAGUCCUAGGAUCUCUCUCAGAAGUAGUUCAUUAUUGGAUGUUUCUAUAGACGUACUAGAGAAUAAAGCCACUGAAAUUACCAUGGGUGUCAUCCAUGGCAAAAGGAAGGAUGUAGGUGACUUGAUGCUGUCUUUCAUUGUAAAGGACAGCCCCAAACUGGGCACUAUUCUGGUAAAUGGUUUGCCCACAGAACGAUUCACCCAAGAGGAUCUCAUCAAUGGGAGAGUAGCCUAUGUCCACACUGGAGGUGAAGUUGGUUUUCAAAAGCAGCAUGAUGCCUUCAGCCUCAUCCUCUCCAAAGAUUCUUACCAAUGGGUAGUGGGGAAUAGCAUAAUAGAGAGAGUACAGGUACAAGUAACUGUGCUGCCUGUGGACAAUGUGGGACCCAAGGUCUUGGUCGGGGAGUCCUUCAUUGUCUAUGAAGGUGAGAAGAACUCCUUGACCUUACAACAUCUCCAUGUUGAAGAUGUGGACACUCCUCAAGAUGAACUCCUCUGCACAGUGACUAGUCAGCCAGCCUCUGGCUACCUGGAAAAGAUUGCACCAGCUCCUGGUUCAAAAAUGUCCCAGUCUGGUAGCCCUAUCAGUGCUUUCUCCCUCAGAGAUAUCCAAGUGAGGCAUAUCAAUUAUGUACAGAGUAUUCACAAGGAAGUAGAGCCACAAGAGGACCAAUUCACCUUUUAUUGCUCUGAUGGCAUCAACUUCUCCCCAAAUGUCUUCUUCCCUAUAAUCAUCCUACCCACCAAUGAUGAGCAGCCUAAACUUUUUGCCCAUGAGUUUAAGGUACUAGAGGGGAUGAGCCUGGUCAUAGACACCCAGCUGCUUAACGGAGCAGAUGCUGACCUGCCACCAAAUGAGCUCCACUUUCAACUCACAGCCCUCCCUCGGCAUGGACGAAUCAUACAGCAGCUGGCUACAGGCAGCCAGCCCAUCCACAGCUUCACCCUCAAGGAGAUCCGGGAGGCCUCCGCCAUUGUGUAUGAGCAUGAUGACUCAGAGACAAAAGAGGACAGUUUUGAGGUCUGGCUGAGUGACGGCAAGCACACAACCCACAGGAAGGUACCCAUUGUAGUGACCCUAGUGGAUGAUGAAACUCCUCACCUGACUGUCAACAAUGGGCUGAAGGUAGAGAAAGGACACUCUGAGAUCAUCACAAAUCGGAUCCUCAAGGCCACAGAUCUUGACUCAGAUGAUAAAAGCCUCAGUUUUGUCCUCCAUUCUGGGCCUCAACAAGGGCUUCUACAGAGGCUGAGAAAACCCAGAGGAGAAGUGAGGAACAAUCUUACUCUGGGAAUGAACUUUACCCAGGAUGAGAUUAACAGAGGCCUCAUCUGCUAUAUCCACACAGGCCAAGAAGGGAUUGUUGACAUUAUCAAGUUUGAUGUUACUGAUGGGGUUAACACUUUGACAGACCACUACUUCUAUGUCACCAUUGGCAACUUAGACAGCGUCUUCCCUGAGGUAAUCAGCAAAAGGAUCACCUUGAUAGAAGGUGCCAGAGUGACCCUUACCAACAAUCUGCUUACCAACAGUGACAUCAACAGCUCUGAUGAACAUCACUUUAGCAUUACACGGGCUCCAAGCCUGGGUCACUUAGAAAGUUCUGACUAUGCUGGGGAACCCAUUGCCUCUUUCACUCAACUUCAAUUGGCUAGCAACAAAAUAUCCUAUGUCCAUACUUCAAAUGAUGAGAAAAAGAUGGACAGCUUCGAAUUUCAAGUGAUCGGCGAACUCUACCCUGUGUUCAGAACCUUCAGGAUCUUCAUCACUGAUGUGGAUAAUAAGAAACCUAUCUUGACCAUCCAUAGACUAACACUACAGAAAGAGGAUAGCCAACUGAUCACUCUCCUUGAGUUGACAGUGGAAGACAGUGAUACCCCAGAUGACCUUAUUCUCUUUACCAUCACCCAGGUCCCCAUGCAUGGCAAGAUUUUGUACAAUGGUAGCCGUCCCGUGACCACUUUCACCAAGCAAGACCUGAACAAGAACCUGAUUAGCUACAAGCAUGACGGCAGUGAGACCACUGAAGAUAGUUUCUCCUUGACUGUGACAGACGGCACUCACACUGAUUUCUAUGUCCUACCAGACACUGCCCUGGCGACACACAAACCUCAAGUAAUGAGGGUCCAGAUAAGAUCAUUAGACAAUAGGCUUCCCCAGAUUACUACCAACAGGGGUGCCCCAGCCUUGAAGCGCCUUCACACUGGACACAUGGGCUUCCUGAUUACCAGCAAGUCUCUGAAGGCAGAAGAUCAGGACAGUCCCCACAGGCUUCUGAAGUAUAAAGUGACCAGAGGACCAGAGCAUGGCUUCAUUAUCAAAACUGGCCUUGGAAACCAGAGCACUCGAGUGUUUACACAAGCUGACAUUGAUGAGAUGAAGAUAUCCUAUGUCUUGAAUGAGGGCAGCAACGCAUCAAAGGACAUCUUCUAUUUCUCUGUUGAAGACAAUGGAGGAAAUAAACUAACAAAUCAGCCUUUCCAUCUAAACUGGGCUUGGAUUUGUUUGGAGAAAGAGUACUACAUUGUGGAUGAAGAUUCCACAUUCUUAGAAGUGACCCUUACACGCAGAGGACACCUUGGAGAAACAUCAUUUAUCAGCAUUGGUACCAAAGAUGAAACUGCAAAAAAAGACAAAGAUUUCAAAUGGAAGACCAAUAAACAGAUCCAGUUCAAUCCUGGACAGACUACAGCCACAUGGAGGGUGAGAAUUAUACCUGACAAUGAAUAUGAGACUUCAGAGACCUUCCAGAUCAUUCUGUCUGAACCUCUCAUGGCUGUACUGGAGUUUCCAGAAAUGGCAACGGUUGAAAUUGUAGACCCUGGAGAUGAAUCAACAGUUUAUAUUCCAGAGGCAGAAUACAAAAUAGAAGAGGACAUUGGGGAACUUUUGAUUCCAGUAAGACGGUCUGGAGAUGCAAGCCAGGAACUAAUCGUCAUUUGCUCCACACGUCAAGGUUCUGCCACAGGCACAAUUUCUUCCACAGUGUUAUUCUCUGAUUACAUCUCACGUCCAGAAGACCACACCAGCAUCCUCCACUUUGACAAGAACGAGACACAGAAGACCUGCCGGGUCCUGAUCAUUGAUGACUCCCUUUAUGAAGAGGAGGAAUCCUUCAGCGUUUCACUUAGGCUGCCAGUGGGAGGACAGCUGGGAGCCAGAUUCCCCACCACUAAGGUGACUAUUCUGGCUGAUCGUUAUGAUGAACCUGUCCUGCACUUUGAGGAUGCUGAAUAUCACAUCAAUGAAAGUGCUCGCUACGUGGAGGUUUGUGUUUGGAGAAGAGGCACUGAUCUUUCCCAAUCCUCAUCCAUCGCCGUGCACUCCAGAAAGUCAGAGCAGGAGUCAGCAGAAGCUGGAACAGAUUAUGUUGGUAUCAGCCGAAAUCUGGACUUUGCUCCAGGCGUGCGCAUGCAGACAUUCCGAGUGACCAUCCUUGAUGACCUGGGACGGCCUACCUUGGAAGGCCCAGAGAAGUUUGAAUUACUUCUUCAGAUGCCUAUGGGUGCAGUGCUUGGAGAACCAAAUAAAACUACCAUUUUCAUCGAGGACACCAUCACUGACUGUAAGCAGAGUGCUUGUAGUUCCUUUCAUUGAAAGACUUUAAGAGGGAAAAAAAACAGCCAAGAUAUGUCUCCUAACAACAGAAUGAAACUCUACUGUUUAUAGAUCUUAGCAAUUCUGGGAUAUCAGUGAUAUUGUACUGUCAUUGGUGUUAUAUUCUGGUGAUAUGUGGAAAUGUAAUUUAUAUGACUGCAUGGAGAUAGAAAUAUAUAUACCUAGAAAACACUGAGCCCACAAAUAAUUAGACUGUGUUCAUGUUCUUUUUCUAUUUUGUUUUACUUUGUUUCUGAGGCUACUGUGAUCAAUUAAAUCAAAAGUUAAGAUCAAAGAAUUAACCUCUCUUUACUGAUUGAUGCUGCAUAUGAAACAAUUUUCAACUCUCUCUCUCCAUAUAUGAAGUUCCUUUGGCGAAUUCUUCGAUUUUUCUUCACAAGUCUUUAUCAGAACUACCUGGUAGGGAAAUUUUUCAAUUCUUUAUUCCUUUGCACUCUUUUGUUAAAAAAAAAAAAAAGGAUAAUAAACAGUAAAAUGAUGAACAUGCAAGUAGUGGAAAGGAGAAGAAAGAAGAGUUGAAGAUUUGCAUAGUUCACAAACUGCCCAAUUAGUUCUUAACUAAUGUUAAACUGACUAUAUAUAUAGCUGUGGCUAAUACCACAUAAAUCAAAGUUUCCAAAUUAUUUUGAAACCACAUCUUUGUGCCCCAUCAUUAUUUUUUAGGUAUUUCUUAUGCAAAUCUUUUUUUAAAAUUUGUGUUUCAGACAUUAACUUUUUCUCAAGCCAACAUAGUGUAUAACAGAAACCAUUCCCAGAUACAUUUUUUCCAAAUAUUGAAUAGGGAUAAAAAGGCUCUUGACUGUGAUAUAGUCUGCAUAUAUAGGCCAAGAAGCCCUUGUCUACUGUUAGCCCAGGUUUUGCUUCUUUGCUAGACUUUCAUUUUCCCAACCAGAGGAAAGAUUUUUCUAAACUACCUUAUAACUCUUGACCUCACUUCUCCCUCUGUAAAAUGAGAAAUUUGGACUCAAUUUCUAUUAAGAUCUCUUCCAGUUCUGUCUGAUUCCUGUCUGAGUGCAUAUCCACCAACAGAAAAUCACCCUCCCUCACCUUGCAAUUUGCCCAACCACCAGGGGCAAAACUCUUUUAAACUCAAAUUCAACAAAUAGUUAUUGGGCUUCUUCUUCAGGUCAAAGAGAUAUGUCCCCUUCACACACAUUAGAAAAAAAGUAAUAGAAAAACUACACAUGGACCAAGAUAACUCUCAGAUAUACCUAAGAGACCCCACAGAUCCCCUGGUUCGGGCCUCAAAUGAAGCAACAACUGAAUUCCCUGCUGAGUACCUGUGUGCCCAGGGGAAAUACACAUUGUCGGCAUUAUGGAGGAAUCUGUUUUGAACUCAAAAUUAAUUCCAGUCUUUCAGUGUUUUUCAGAAAAUCACUCUUUUUCUCCCUCAUUGUAUUUUUUUGUUGUUGUUACUUAGGUACAUUCAGAUGAAUGCAGUGUUUAGGCAUUCAUAUUUUUUGGGGGAGGAUAUCACAAACAGUGCUUUUUAUAAAGUCUGUUUCAUUGCCAGUUUCUACCCAUUAAGAUAUGCCAGAGAAGCAAAAUUACAUUUUUUAGGAUAAAACCUGGUGCAUUCUAGUUAUGACUUAUAGCAUAUUCUACAAUUCAGUAAUGAAAGUAAUCUAGUGUCCUGAAAGAGUGAAAAAAUGCCUGAUUUCCUACCAGGAAUGGAAUUGCACACUAUGGAAAACUGGGCUCAUUUGUCAUCCCUUAUAUACUCUUCCCUAUGCUAACAUUUUUAUAGAAAAAAAUAUUAAGUAUUUUUUCUCACUUAAAACUUUAGUUUUCUCAGAGCUGGAAAGUGUAAUGGAGAUACACUAGAUGUUGCUGUUCUUGUGUAAACUUUAAAUGGAAAGUUGUUGUAUAUUUUAUUUCAGUACCCAGGGCCCAAUUUAAGGGCUCCACUGACAGGGUGAAUGAAAAAGGCAGCUAAGGGCCAUCAUUUGCUGGAGCAGAGACACCAGCCAUAGGUCCUUGGUGAACUGCCAUACCCACCAGGGCUCAGCCCAGGAGACAGUGAACUAUGGGGAGCAACCCAACACUGAUGACUCCACAGCUGGCUUUCUGCCAGCUAAGCAUUCAAAAAUUUGUUUGUCACUAAGGCAGCAGAAUGUUGCUGCUCCUAACCUUAUUUAUAAUAAUAAAUAAUUAUAAGCAGCCUAAAUACCCAAUACUCAGGAAAUGGUUAACUGAAUUAUAGCAUAUCUACUUGAUAGAAUAGUAUGAAUUCUAGAGUAUCCAUGACCAUGUGGCUAUUGCAAUCCUUAAACAUAUGAAAAAGACUAAAAGAAAAUGCCUGGAAAUGGUAAUAACUUUCUAUUAGGGUAAUGAGAUUAUCAGUCAUUUAUUUUGUAAACGUACUUUAAAGUUAUGUUGGUAAAUAUAUGUGCUCAUUAGCAAGUUGUUGCUAUUUAUGAAAUUGAGGAAAUUAAACAUUAUAAUGACCUCAUUCUGUUAUUGUUAUCACAAUUUGUGAUGAAGUCUCAUAGGGUCCCUGCAGGAAUAUUUAGCACUGACUUGUCCUAAUCCCUGGAACCUACGGAUUUUACCUUAUAUAGAAAUAGAAAAAGCAUCUUUGCACAUGUAAUUAAGGAUCUUGAGAUAGGAAGAUUAUCCUGAAUGGGCCCUAAAUGUAAUCACAAGAGUCCUCAUAAGAGGACAUGAGAUAGAGGUUACAUACAGAAGAGGAGGAUGCAAUGUGACUAUGAAAGGCAGAGAUUGGAGUAAUGGGGCUACAAGCCAUGGAAGGCCAGCAGCCACUGGAAGCUGGCAGGCAGGAAGUAGAUUCUCCUGCUGGAGGCAGUACAGCCCUGCCAACAACUAGGCUCUGUCCCAGUAAUACUGAUUUUGGACUUCUAAACUCCAGAACUAGGAGAAAGUAAAUUUCUGUUUUUUUAAGCCAUCAAGUUUAUAGUAAUUUGUUAUAGCAGCCACAGGAAGCUGGUACCACAGGCAGGGAGAGAUCAGGAGAGUUUGCUGGUAUUGGCAACGAACUAAAAUGAAGAACACUAGAAAGCACGCUCAGGGAAUACAGACAGAGGUUGACACUCAGUGUCUGCUGUGAGGGGAUCUUUCUGUAGAGAUUCAAGGCCCUGUCCUGAAGACAUAACGCAGUCCAUCUGACAGAGGUAAUACUUGGAAGCAGCAUCAGCAGAUAAACAAUGUCCUGAAAGCAAUGGGAAUUCCAACCUAAGGUUUUAGUAGACCUAUGUUUGGAAAGAAGCUGUAGGCAGUCCAGCAUUAGCCUAAUCUACCAAUAAUGUAAGUAUUAAUAAAUCUAAUGAAAUAAAAACUAUUCCUUGGCUGGGCAUGGUGGCUCAACAUUGCUGGUGUAAUCUCGGCACAUUGGGAGGCCAAUGCGAGAAGACUGUGUGAGCCCAGGAGUUUGAGACAAGCCAGGGCAACAUGGUGAGACCCUGUCCCUACAGAAAACAAAAAAUUAGUCAGGUGUGAUGGCCCAAGCCUGUACUCCCAGCUACUUGGGAGGCUGAGGUGAGAGGAUUACUUGAACCCAGAAGUUUGAGGCUGCGGUGAGCCACUGCACUCCAGCCUGGGCAGCAGAGCAAGACCCUGUCUCAAACAAAACAAAACAAAAACAACAACAAAACAAAGAUAAAACUAUGAUUCUAUUCCUCUACUCACAACAUUUCUUACACAAAAUGUGUGGGUUCUUCCCACACCAAUAACCAAUUCUCCCACCCUUGGGAUACCAACUGGGUACCCUACCAUUCCUACCUGGAGUUAGCAUCAGAUCCCACAAGUGAAGGGCUCAGUCCCUUAAGACUGCUCCCACUUCAGACACCAUACUUCUGAACAACUUGACUACAAAUUGGAACUGCCCAUAACCACCUCUCAGGUUUGAUAAUUUGCAAUAACAGCACAGAACUCAGGGAAACACUGUUACUAUUACUGGUUUAUUAUAAAGGAUAUUAUAAUAGAUAGAAAUGAACAGCCAGAUGGGCCAGGCUCAAUGUCUUACACCUGUAAUCCCAGAAGUUUGGGAGGCCAAGGUGGGUAGACCACUUGAGGUCAGGAGUUUGAGACCAGCCUGGCCAACAUGGUGAAACCCCAUCUCUAGUAAAAAUACAAAAAUUAGCCGGGUGUGGCGGCACGUGCCUGUAAUCCCAGCUAUGCGGGACGCUGAGGCAGGAGAAUCAUUUGAACCCAGGAGGCAGAGGUUGCAGUGAGUCAACAUUGUGCCAUUGCACUCCAGCCUGUGUGACAGAGCAAGAGUCCAUCUCAAAAAAAGAAAAAGAAAAAGAAGAAAAGAAAUGAACAGCCAGAUGAAGAGGGACACAGGGCAAGGUCCCAAAGGGUCCUGAGCACAGGAGCUGCUGUCCCCUGGAGUUUGGGAUGCACCACCCUCCUACCAUGUGGAUGCAUUCACUGACUUGGAACCUCUCCCAAACCCUGUUAUUUAGGGUUUUUAUGGAGACUCCAUUUUAUAGGCAUGGUUUAUUAAAUCAUUGGUCAUUGGUGAUUGACUUAAUCUCCAGCUCUUCUUGCCUCCCUCGAGGUUUGGAAGUGGGACUGAAAUUUCCAACCCUGUAAUCACAUGGUUGGUUCCUCUGGAAAGCAGCCCAUCCUUCAAGAGUCACCUCAUUAGCAUAAACUCAUAUAUGGUUAACAGGGGCCUAUUAGGAAUAGCAAAAGACUCUCCACUUUCCUCUAUCACUCAGAAAUUCCAAAGGUUUUACUAGCUCUAUGACAGGAAUCAGGAACAAAGACCUUAAAUGAUAUUUCUUAUUAUAUCACAAUAUUGCACUAGUAAUUUCAAGACUAUAGAAAAAGACUCCAAAUUUGGAGCAUGACUAGAGAAUACACACACACACACACACACACACACACAUAUACAUAUACACACACACAUACACAUACAUAUAUAUUUAUAUAUACACACACAAACGUGUGUGUCUCUAUAGAUAGAUAUCCCCCUCUAUAUAUUCCUCUAUAAAUCAAAAUAAAAUAAUGAUCAGAUAAAGAAGAAAUAAAAUUCGUUAAUAAGAAUCCUUAUACCG